CAAAUCAAUGAGUCUUUUCUUUAACAUGUUUGCUAAACUAGUAGGGAAAAUGGACUAUAUGAGGAAGGGUGAUGAAAAUUUUUAUCCUCUUUAAGCCAAACACAAAUAUAUUAACCAUACCUUAUUGUGGGAUUUUUGAAUCCCACAUACUUUGCUUAUAAAUCUAGAACAUGCUGCAAAACAAUUUUAAAUUUGGAUUAUCCAGUGUUGUGGAGAAUACAAAAGAAUACAUAUGCAGGGCAGUGGUCACUGUAGUUGAUCAUCUUGGAAAUGUUUCUGCCAAUCUUGAUGCCCUUAUAUCUCAAACAAAUGCAUUUUCUGAUGCUGAGUUAAGAAUCCAAUGCCUCAAACAGAGACUUCUCUCAUGUGAACAAUAUGCUGAUAAGCUUGCCCUCACCAAGAUGCAAUGGAGGGAGAACUUGCCAAGAUUCCAUUCAAGAUAUUUAUCGACACCAAUCACUCUUGAGAGAUCAAGCAGUGAAAAAUCAAGAAGACCUGAAAGUGAAGUUUCUUCAAAACUGGAAGAUAAACAUGUACUGGAGACACAUGAAGAUUUACCUCUUUUUAUGUACACUCAGAAACCACUUUCAUCAAAGAAUAUGAAGUCAACCACUACUACAGUUAGUGACCAUAAAAAUUUGGCCAUAGUAGUACCUGUUCGCGAUGGUUUAUCAGUAUUAACCAAAGUUUCAAAUCCCACAUUUCAUUUCCAAGGUACCCCGAAGAUUGGACGUCAUAGAAGAUCGUUGCAUGGCAGUGACAUCUUAUGGCUUCUACGGCGUACUAAACGAACCCUUUGAAAACUAGACUGUUAACAAUGUAUAGCUUCAUCUUCUAGUCUUCAGCACUCUUGGUUAUUCAUUUGUUUCUGGAAUUGUUUCCUCAUGAGCAUAUGUUGCAAUUUAAUGUUAUCUGUGGUAAUCAAGAACCAAACACUAAAAGCUACUAUGUAGUUUAGGCACUUCUCAAACAUUGUCUUACUCUUUUGUGAACUUAGGAACAAGACAUUUUUAUGCUUAACACAAGUUUUAAACAAAUAGUCCUAAACAUUAUUU